AUGAGCAUCUUCGUGAUCAUGAGUUUGUUGGUCUCAAUACCACUGUGCCAAACAGCGUUGUUCGUAUGUGAUAAAAAUCUUGUUCCAUGUGGUUGUGGACCAGUAUCCGUUGGAAUCAAUGCACGAAUUGUGAAUGGUGAAAACGCGAUACAAAAUAGUUGGUCAAUGAUCGCUUCGUUAAGAUACGACGCAUCUAUGUCCCAUCACAUAUGCGGAGGAACCAUUCUCAAUGAAUAUCAUGUUCUCACAGCAGCUCAUUGUGUCGAUCCGUCGGUCACUGGCAUUACUUUUAAGAACAUGUCUGUUGCUUUCGGACUAUUUCAAUUAUCUCAAACAAAUGGGAUUAUCCGUAGAAUUAACCAAGUAUUUAUUCAUCCAUUGUGGAACUCAGAUGCACGUUAUAUUGUGAAUGACAUUGCGAUUCUUCGUUUGAAUCAAUCGAUUAAUUUAGAUGGAAAUUCAUCGUUAACACGAACAUGCCUUCCCGCGCAUUUAAACAAUUCGGAAGAAAUGCUUAUGUACCCACCGAAUAAUACAGACCUCGUCGUUGUCGGAUGGGGUCUGCUCAAUACAUCAGGUAGUAUUUCAGAUGUUUUACAGCAAGUUACUAUUAAAUUAAUUGACCAACGAGAUAGAAUUUGUGCAAGCACAACCUUUGACCCAUCAAGUCAAUUUUGUGCUGGUUUAGAUCAAGGUGGAAAAGGACCAUGUUAUGGUGAUUCAGGUGGGCCGAUAUUUCAAUGGAUCGGCGAUCGUUGGCAACAAGUUGGUAUUGUUUCCUACGGCGAGAUGGGUUGUGCAGUAAAAGGCUAUCCAGGUGUCUUCACGCGAAUAAAUUACUUCCUCGAUUGGAUUCAUUUCACUAUUCAAUUAAAUAACACUAAGCAAACAGCUCUACCGGUUAAUACAACACAGAAAACUAUCUAUCAAUGCUGGUCGGAGUAUUUCGCAUGUGGUUGUUCUCGGCGAAAUGUUAUUUUAUCUUCAAAUCAAAAUGCUUUACCGUACAGUUGGUCAAUGGUGGUCGCUAUUUAUAUUCAGAAUAGGUAUGUAUGCACUGGUACGAUUCUCGACGAUUAUUUUAUUUUGACAACAGCAAACUGUGUGAAGAAUUCGUUGCUGAGAAGUAUAACCAUUCACGCCGGUAUUUAUUAUCAAACAGAAGCCGAUGCAUUCAUUCGACAAGUUGAUCAAAUUUCUAUCCAUCCGAACUAUAAUUCAAAUCUUCAUGAUAUCGCAGUUUUACGUUUAUCAGAAUCGUUAAACAUAGAAGAGAAUAUUUUUCUUUCAAAAACGUGUUUGUCUUCAACAACUGAUCAAUCUAAUUUACGCUCAGUUGUCGUCAGUGGAUGGAAUGUGAUGUUUCUAUCUGAAAUUUUACAACAAGUGCAACUCACUGCAGUGGAUAGUAAUGAUCCUAACUGUUCCCUUCCGAUCGACCAACAACAGUAUCAAUUUUGUGCCCUUCUAAAUCUUUGUGUAGGAAGUAAUUAUAGUAAUCCGAUGUUUGUUUUUGAUGGAUAUCAUUGGAUCCAAGUCGGCCUUUCGUCGUAUUGUAAAGUAUCGAAUGCGAUUGGUGUUUUUACACGAUUGAACGUAUAUAAUGACUGGAUAUGGUCAAUUGUUGACUCACAUCAACUCGAACGAUCGACGGUUUAUCAUUGUGAUAAAAGAAGUUCAUGUGGUUGUGGAGAAAAUGACGUCCGUGCCGAGCUGAAUGCUGAAAAUGCCGUUGUUAAUAGUUGGCCGAUGAUUGUUUCAAUUCGAGUUUACGAUACUCAUGAUUAUGGUUUCAAUGAUGAGAGUUCAUUUUAUGAUAUCGCUAUUAUUGGUUUGGAUCUGGCACUUCCGUUGAAUAAUCAUUCAUUACCACUGGGGAAAAUAUGUGUAUCAAAUACAACCAAUGAAGACUUACAAGGAAAUUCCGUUUUGUUCAUGGUCGGAUGGAGAAAUCUGAGAAAAGAAGAUGCUCUUCAGCAAGUGUCUACUAAGCUAGUUAAAAGUCAAGAUCAAUUUUGUGGAAAUAUUUUUGUUAAUGAGACUUAUCAGUUUUGUCUUAGGUCUUCAAGCAACAACACUGAUAUCUACUCGAAUUAUUUAUGCUACAGUGAUGUGGGUAAUCCGAUUUUAAUAUAUAAAAACAAUCAUUGGGAACAAAUUGGAAUAGUUCUAUAUAAAUAUUAUUGUGCGUCUGUUGGAUACCCAGAUGUUUAUCUGCGACUGUCGUCGCAUAUCGAAUGGAUACAGAAUGUAACGAAUUCAUCGUUAACAACAUAUACAUCAAUCAAUUAUAAUAACGCAAUCGGUUAUUAUCAUCAACAGAAUUUCAUAUUUAUCUUGAGUUCUCUCUUUAUUUUCUUUCUAUACUUAUAA